AUGUACAAGCUAGGCAAGGAAAGAAAUCUUAUCAUUUUAGUUUUGCAUUGUUCAGUUAUAAUUUUAUUAUGUUUACAUAUUGAAUCUGUGAAUAGUCAUAUAAAUCAUAGAGUAAGAAGGAAAGUGGUGUUCACCAAGAGCAGCAAAUUUUUUUUCCGUUUAAAUGGAAAGGACACUGUAUUGAACAGAUCAGAUAUAUUCGCCCAUGGAUGGGCUGUCAGAGUCAAUUAUGAUUUACCUUCGACGAUACCCAGACGCCACCAACUUUUCAAACGAGACAUUUAUUCUGAAAUGACCAGUCUUCCAAUUGAGUCCGCAUCCGAAGGAUUCCACUGCAUUUUCCGUCACUUAUGCGAAAUGUUCACUACAGUAACAAAUUCACAAACAUCCGGCUUUUUAAGUCAAAUCGGUGGAAUUAUAACUCAGUCACAAGGAAUGGAAGCAGACUUCUUUAAGUCCUUUGUUGAAAAAUGUGAUUAUCAAACUGACACCUGUCCAAGCCUCUCCGAAGGUUUAAUAAUAGACAGCUCAGAUUGA